GGCUAACCGGGAAGAAUGAGUUACAAGGUAUGAAACGAAAAUCUGUUAUCCUUAUCAAGUUUCCUAAGUAGAAAAGUGCGAUAAUGAUAAGAGAUUUUGGUUUCAUACAAGGAGCACGCGGGAAGAAACGCUGUCUCGAACUGCUCUUGCGUGUUUCCGGUGCUCUGGCGGUCUCCGGAGCAUUUUGCGCGUGGUCGGUGGGUGUCUUUCUUCGAAACAGCGGGAAAAGCACUAGAGUGGAGCAGACGCGCGUCCAGCGGGAAGAAAAUCUCUUCGCCGGAUCAGACUUGACGCACAUUCUUCUCUUCUUUCUGAUAUUCGGAGUUUUUUCGGUUCUGUUGUUCUGCGCAUUAUCUAUCCUGCGUGGCUUAGGAGUGCUUUAUGAUCAGGCUAGGAGUACCAGGAGACGCACAGGAGACACGUUGUAGCAUCUCAGGUGCUGCAGGGCUAUUUCAAGAAUACUUAGUUAGACGGUGCCAUUUAAGUAAGUAGGCGGAAUCUCGAUACGGCUCUUUUGUUUAUUCUUUCACGCUUGCGGAUUGCCCGUUCCCGACCGCGACUUGCGGCUGGCAGAAGGACUUUUCGCGAUGACGACCGACAUUUUCUACGGCCUUGGAAGUUUUCUGGGCGGUUCAGGAGUACAGAGGGGUUUUUCAGGCGCCCUUGCCCUCUCUGGAGCGGGAGUUUCUGACGUGCGACGAGAAAACGUUGCUGGCGUUUUCAUUUGGACCGUCUUUGCUCUCGCGCCGCCAACGUUCUUUACACUGUGCGGGUGCUUCCUGUUGACGAGGACGAAACUGGUGGUGGAUGAGCAUUCGUAAAG